AUGGAGUUGCAGUCUCCUCCUCCAUGCCCGCCCACCGUCACCAUCCGCCGCAACCCGCCGCGGAGAGCACGCCCCACCCCUAAAUCCGCCAUACCUCUCCGCGAGCCGCUGUCCUCUCCGUCCCUCUCGCGGAACAUUUUAUCCGGCGAGGCUUCUGAAAACCCUAAAGACGCUGACGCCAGCAAUGCUGAUCCUGCCUCUACAACCCUGGCCGAGAAUCUCAAAGUGUUCUUGAGAAUCCGUCCACUUGCCGUGCAGAAAACGAGCAAGAAUGCGGUUGAAACGAAGAAGGCUUGGCCCAAGAAUCCCAAAUUCAGAGUUAAUAAUUGCAAGCCGAAAGCAAAGAAGAGCAGUGAAUCGUGCGUGCAGGUGAAUGAAGAUUUGCGAUCUGUCACGGUUGCAACUCCGCAAGCCUUGCAGGAGACGAAGAGGAUAAAAUCGGAGGUGUACGAGGGGUUUUCGCGUGUGUUUGGUUCGAAAGAAUCUCAGAGCGAUGUGUAUGAGCAAAUGGUGGAGCCCUUAGUAGACGAUUUCCUAAAAGGAAAAAGUGGGAUGUUGGCUGCCAUGGGGCCUAGUGGUUCUGGUAAAACCCAUACUGUUUUCGGGUGUGCCAGAGAACCUGGUAUGGUACCACUCGCCCUUCGUCGCAUUUUUAGUGAACACAAAAAAAGUGGAAUGGGCUCAUCGAGGGCAUUUUAUCUGUCGAUGUUUGAAAUCUCGUCAGAGAAAGGAAAGGCAGAGAGAAUGGUAGAUUUACUGCAUGAUAGAGGUGACAUAUGCAUGCAACAAUCAGUUCUCAAGGGACUCCAAGAGGCAGUGGUUUCUGAUGCUCAGCAAGCUGAGUCCCUAAUUGCUCAUGGGAUGCUGAAACGUGCAACAGCUAUGACCAAUUCGAAUAGUCAGUCAAGUCGCUCACAGUGCAUCAUUAACAUCCGCUGUGAUUCUGAGAACGUCAGUGAUGAAGUUGAUGACAAAGAUAUGAGCAGUAUGCUGACAAUUGUGGACCUUGCUGGAGCAGAGAGAGAAAAGAAGACCGGCAAUAUGGGAGCUAGACUGCAUGAGAGCAAUUUUAUCAACAACACCUCAAUGGUAUUUGGUCUUUGCUUGAGGUCAUUGUUGGAGCACCAGAAGAACAGGAAUAAGCUGCUGCAGAAGCACUACAAAAACUCCUUGUUAACACGAUACCUGAAAGAUUAUCUGGAAGGCAAGAAGAGGAUGAUGCUGAUUUUAACAGUCAAACCUGGAGUUGAAGAUUAUCUUGACACAUCCUUUCUGCUGAGGCAGGCUUCACCUUUUGCAAAAAUAAAGUUUAAAUCACCAGAAGAGCCUGUAACUUUGACUAGCAACAAGAGGCCCAACCAAGCCUUGGCCCCAGCUGAGCACCAUAAGAAAGUGAAGUUAAGCGAAAGUGCAGCUUCACCGGUACGACAUUUUUUGAUCAUUCCUCAUGCCUUAGUUACUUCUUGGACAGAUAUCUCUAGGAAAGUGGUCAAAGAUCGACUUAACCUGAACAAUGAGGAUAUAUCUAAUGAAACUUUAAAGGAGGUCCAUGUUUCAUCAGAUGGCUUUGUUGGGCUGGGGAUUAGAGAGGAAUCAUCACUAGGGGGGGAUUUCAGUAAAGUGAUGGGUGAAAAGAAUCGGGAGUACCAAAUUUUGCAAGGACUUUCAAAAGCUUUUUUAUCUGUUAUGAGACAGUACAAGACAAAGCUAAAGGAGGUUGAAAUUGAAAAUUGCAAUCUAAGGGAUAGAUUAAUCGAUGAAGAGAGAAGGAGCCUGGGCCUUGAGAGUAAACUGGCUAGUGAAAAGAAAAGAUUCUUUGAUCUAGAAAACAAACUAAGCGAGUUGAGGUGUCAAUGUACUUGCAAAAGUGUCUCAACUCUUGUGGUCUCAGUUUCAUCUCAUGAUGCUGCCUUCAAUUUUUCACAACAUGAGAGAGCUGAAAUGCCCGAGGUGAACUCAGAAGUUCCAUCUUGUUCCUUAAAGUGGUUGAACGAAUGUGAAAAUGAAGAAAAGAUGGGUCCUUCUGGUACAGAUUCAGUUGUGACUUCUGCUUCUGAGCAUUACUCGCAGCAACUUGAAGAUAUCCGUGAACGCAAAGAUGAAAUUGAAGAAGAUAAGGGAAUUGAAAAUUUCUUCCCAGUGGAUAUGUGUGUCCUAAGUCCAGAAUUUUCAAGAAGUAAUAAAAGUGCUGCGAGUUUGGCUUCGUACGAAGCCGUAGAUGAUGUGUCUUCCAGCAGUAAAACGAGCGCGUCCAUAGAUAAUGAGUCUGAGCAAGAGGCUGUGAACACAAGGGGAGAUGUAACGAAUUUGGAACAAGUAAGUGGGUGUGUAUCAAGCGAAUCAUGCCAUUCUACUGCUCUUGAAUAUGAGAGUUUGAGAAGUUCUCGGGAUUGUGAAGAUUCUAAAGAAGAGCCUGCUCAGCUUGAAGAUGGUCCAGCAGAUGGACUGUCUUUAGUUGAGGACCACAUUGCUUCUGUUGCAGUCAAUUCGCACAUUAUUAUAUCUCCUGAAUCUCCCCAGAAAGACGAAAAGUGGCUCAAUAAUGAAUCUCAAGAGAAGCAGGCGAAUCCACUGGUCACAGUUCCACCAAAGGAAGGAUGGGAUGCAAAUAGCACAGCUAAAUUUGUACCUAAGCAUGAUUCUUCCAGCAAUUUGCAGCAACCAAAUAAACCAAGGAGGAGACUGCUUCCAGCUUCCUCUGUAUUGCUGAAGGAUAUUAGCAUAUUGGACAUCAAGGAUGAGAAUGACAAGCCAAAGGGAGGCAGAGGCAGAAAGAGAGAGCCGUUGGACGAGAAGAACAAAACACAAGGCAGCUUGUCACUUCUGAAUUUGCUCACUAAGUAA